AUGAGACGAAGAACAGGCCAACGGAUAUGUGUGAUAACCGACACCAGUUCAAAUAACAUCAACGACGCGUGCAGUCUCAUGUCACCGGUAUCAACAACGAAAUCGCGUUCGUAUAACGCCAGCCUCCCAACAAAAACGAUGUCACCACUUCGUGUCGGACAGCAGCUCGGAAUUCAAAUCGUAUGCAAUAGUUUCAUGAUGCCACCACUACGGUUUGCACGGCAGCUUGCAGCCGUCCUCACAUCCAAUACUUUAAUGGUGCUGUUAAUAUCACUGCAGCUGCUGACAUGGAGUAGCGGUGCAUCGGCGCUGGCCAACUGCCCAACGGGGUGCAUCUGCAAUGACGAUACUCUUGUUGUAGUGUGUGAAGAAAGCCGACUCGACGUCCUGCCUAUCGCCCUUAAUCCUUCCAUACAGCGUUUAAUAAUACGUAACAACAAAAUCAAGACUAUAGACAGCUCGAUGCAGUUUUACGCUGAGUUGCAACACCUUGACCUCUCUCAGAACCACCUCGUUAACAUACCGACGAAAAGUUUUGCGUAUCAGCGCAAGUUACAGGAGCUACAUCUAAACCACAACAAAAUAUCUUCGGUAACCAACACAACUUUUCAAGGUCUCAACUCACUGACUGUUUUGAAUUUAAAGCGCAAUUUCUUGGAGGAACUUACUAACGGAGUUUUUACUACUCUACCAAGGUUAGAAGAACUAAACUUGGGACAGAAUAGAAUAUCAAGAAUUGAACCAAGAGCGUUUGCUGGUUUGUCAGCCUUGAGGAUUUUGUACUUAGAUGACAAUCAGCUAAGUUCUGUACCAACAACAUCUUUCAGCCUUCUAGGUAGCCUCGCUGAGUUACACGUAGGCUUGAAUGCAUUUUCUUUUCUACCAGAUGACGCAUUUGCUGGUCUUAACAGAUUGACAGUUUUAGACCUAAAUGGAGCGGGUCUCUCAAAUAUUAGUGAAUUAGCUUUCAGAGGGCUUCCAGGAUUAAGAAGUCUUAAUCUCUUUGGUAACAGAUUGUUCAUUGUGCCAACGCAGCAGUUGUCUGGGCUCACUAGAUUGGAGGAUUUAUUUAUCGGACAAAAUGAUUUUAUAACUCUCGAAGCUCAUUCAUUUAAAGGACUAAAAAAUCUUAAGCUACUGGAUAUCACAGGCGCUUCUCAAUUAGAGAGAGUGGAGAAGGGUGCCUUCGAAGAUAACGUAAACUUAGAAACGAUCGUUUUGGCAAAUAACAAGAAGUUAUCUAUUAUAGAAGACUGCACACUGUUGGGACUCCCCAAAUUAAAACAUGUGUCUUUAAGAGACAACGCUAUCGUAAGUUUAAGUGAAACUGUCUUUAUUGGAAAGGAACUGAAGCAGCUUGAUUUAACCGAUAACCCUAUUUUCUGUGACUGUCAACUAUUGUGGCUGCAAGAGUUGAUGAAGGGCAAAAGCAACUUUACACAGUUACAUUGCGCCAGCCCCGACCAUCUUAAAGAUAAACUUUUAAAGGACUUGAGCGCUGAUGAUCUGGGUUGUGUGCUUCACGACUCGCGACAACAAACCAUAAUAGGCGUCGUGGUAGUCGCGUGUGUCGCCGCAAUCGCAACUUUGGCACUUAUUAUGUAUCGAUACCGUAAGAGCAUGCAGGAGAAACUUAAAGAUUAUAAGUGGAACAAGGGAAGGAAGAACCUCGAGUACCACAAACCUAUUUCAACGGAAGAAGACUGCAUAGUGCGAGGAAUCCACCCAUCACAAUACCCCGCGCCGCCCCACAGGCAGAUUCCGGUGACGGAACUGUAG